UUAUUAGCAUUUUCACUUCGUUGCCCUACCAUUGCUUUCAACCUGGCCUACCUAAAACUGAAUCUACCACCUGACACAAAACAAAAAGAUGCUUCUUUAUUUACCCACUUUUGGCUUUAGAACUUCCAUGCAUGUUCUUGAAUCAUUGCCAGUGUUCGUUCUAUGCCACCUGUGUACAAUACACCACUUCAAGAUGCUGUAUAUUCCACUUGUGGCCCAUGUGAUCAGUAUAAUGUAAUGAUAAUACUAAGAUGUAAAUGUAGGGAGCCACAUGAGGUUUUGUUUUGUUUUUUAAUGAAUAACAGUGGUUUAGCCUAUUAACUCUACCAGUUCAGUGAUAGGACUAAUACUAGUCACAUCAGUUUUGGUAAAAUCAAUGGGAAUAGAAUGUCUGAAUAUAGAAUGUCUCUAGAUCUAAGGGGUUUUUCUGUUUUUGUUUUUGUUUUUUUUCCCCAAAGAUAUAUCUUAAUUAUAACUCAAGGGUAUGUCAUUUCUGCUGGUUCUCUACGUGUAUUUCAGCAGUUUAACAAAAGAGCUGACCCGUGAGCUUUUGCACUGCCCAGAGUUUGGACAUAGAGAAGUUUCACUGUAGUUACAGAAUUCCUAUAACUCAUCUCUAGAAUUCUAGGAAUGCAGUUUGUAUUAGCUCCCUUUCCACAGCAGGUAUUCUUGACACUAAGCCACUUUGAUAGAGUGAUUAUUUAAUAAUUUAAAAUCUUGAAAAUUAUACUUGAAAGGUAAGUAAAGCAACUUAGAACAUGAUUUAUAUUUAUCAAACCUGUAUGAAUCUUUCUUGAGUUGUUCAUUCUUCAAAAUAUCUAACGUCUUUGAAGCUGGAUUUCCAAAAUUUAAAACUUCUGCUUAAAAGCUUGAAUUUUAUCACUGACCAUAAACACUGUCAGUUGUUUUUCUUGAAGUGACAAGCUCACUUCAUUUGCUUUUAAGAAAAUGUUUUCCAAAAGCUCAAGUUUGAAUAGCAUAAUUUGUUUGGCUAUUGGCCAUUCUUUUGAGAAAACUGAUCUGCCAUCUCAAUCUGCAGGUCCAGUCUGUAAUACUUAUAGUACCCUGGGGUAUAAUUCAUAUUAUAUUUUACUCAGUCUGACAUCUGAACUCUCUAUCAGGGUUACUGGAUAAAUUGGUUCCGGCUGUGCUGCUGUGGUGUAGUUGAUAUCACAGCCUGCUGCGUUGCUCAGUUCUUUACGCUGUGAGCCAGGGCCUAAGAGCUACAUUGGGAUACAGUAGCAGUUUUCAAAGUGUGGUGUGCACAACCCUAGGAGAGACUCCAGGAGACUUUCAGGAGGCUUAGGAGGACUAAAGUAUUUUCAUAAUAAUGCUAAGGCUUCUUUUCUUUUUUCUCUAUAUUGAUACUUGCACUGAUGGGUGUAAAAAUAGAAGAGGGUAGGGGUAAAGCUGUUGGCGCCUUAGCAUGAAUCAAGUCAGAGGCAUCAAACUAUACCAGUAGUCAUUGUGUUCUUCCUGGACAUUCUCUUGCAGUUUUCAAAAAAAUACCAGUUUCACUUAAAAAUACCCUGGUGAAGCAAUAAAUAUUACCCAUUGUAUCAAACCUUGACCCUUGAGUACAUGUUAUUUUAAUAUUCUGUGUUAGGAAAUCGGUAUGUUUACUGAAAGCAUUUCUGUGUAGUAAAAACUGACGGUGUUCUUGAAGAAAAACACUUGAGUAAUUGAGUGGCGAGAUGAACUAGCUGGGUUUUUUUCCCAUAGGACAUCAGUUUUCUUAAAAGAAUGGCCAAUAGCGAAACUAUGCUAUUCAAACUUGAGCAUUUGGAAAACAUUUUCUUAAAAGCAAAUGAAGUAAGCUUGUCACUUCAAGGAAAACAAUUGACAGUGUUUAUUGUCAAUGAAAAAAUUUAAGCUUUUUAAGCAGUUUGAAUUUUGGAAGUCCUGCAUCUACCAUUGUGAACUUGAUAGUUUUUCAGUAUUUAUAGUAUUCUGAUGAGAUUUAUGUUGAUUUUAAUGAAUGAGAUUUUCUGAUAAGGUAUCAUGAAAUGUGGCCGCAUUUGGGAGAUCUGCUUAACUGAGUGAGCCAAUAUUUUCCAGAUAACUACUGCAUGGUGUUACAGAAUCAUGCAUGGGAUCCAUUCAAAGUAUAAGACUGGUCAGUGGAUGUAACUGAUAUGGUUCCAGAUUCCACAUUGCAACUAAUCUUUAUGUGAAGCAACCACCUGUUGAGUUUUGGUGUAGUAACAAAGAACACUAUCCACAUAUUUUGAAAAAGCUAUUAUAUUACUCUUCGUUUUCCAAUGAUAUGUCUGUGAGGUCCAAAUUUUCUUCAAGUAUUGACUAAAAUAACAUAUUGCAACAGAUUCAGUGCAGAAGUAGGUAUGAGAAUUUAGCUGAUUUAAAUUAAACCAGACAUUAAAAGAAUUUACAAAAAAGUAAAGCAUUGAUACUCUUGUCACUAAUAUUUUGUUUUAGAAAUGUAAUUAUUUUUAAUAAAAUGCUAUUUAUGUUAGCAUGUAAUGGAAUUGUUAUUUUUAAAAUGUAAAAAUGUUUCAGUUUUCAUUUCUAAUAUGAUAAAUAUCAAUGCACAUAACCAAUGGUAUGCUGGAGCUCACUUGUGAGAGCCAAUUAUGUGCAUCUUUUUCCAACUUUAUGUUCAGUGUCAUCCAUUGGUAACUUGAAAUCUGCCACAGUAGGAGUUUUUACAUUAUGGAAAUCAGCAAACCUUUCAAAUCAAGGUUCUCCUUUCCCAAAAACUGAUUGACAGAUGUUGACAGCACCCUACUGGAUAUAAAUCACAUAAACAAAAGCUUUUUGAGUCAUCAGUGAUUUUUAAGAGUAUAAAGGUGUCCUGAGAGACUAAAAAGUUUGAGAAUUAUUUGUGUGGUGAAAAGAAUACCUUUUGGUAAUUGGUCCACAAAGGGGUGGAUGCCCUUUUAUUAUUAUACAGCUUUGUCUUUUGUGCUGGUUUGUCAUUUGUAAAACAAAUCCUUCCCCCUUUUUUUUUUAACUUCUAGUUAUUAAAUUUAUCGAUUCUAUUAUGGCAUGAUCUUUUUCUUUCCCCAAAAAUCUAAUGUAGGCAAUAAUACUGCAGGAGCAGGUGGGCUGAAUUUGCUCUGUGGGCUACAUUUUGGGUGUCUCUGCCCUGUUCUGUUGGUUAUGCAAGCUCAUAUCAGGGCCUGGCUCAAGUUGUGGCUUCUACACAAAGCCUCUACUUACUGUUCAGGCCCAUGCUGAUCUUUCUAUUCUGUACUCCUUGACUUUCAUGACCUGUACAAUGGAGCAAUUAGUUCUAUACUGUUUGGCAUGCUAUUGUUUCUUAGGUGUUAGUUUUGUCAAUUCUACUUUAUACCCUAGUGCACCCAGUACAUAGGUUCUCUUGCAUGGAUGAACGAUUUUUACUUCCAGGUUACCGAAGAAGUUUGCUUUCUAAGGAAAUGAUCUUGUAAAUAAAUCUUAUUAUUUGUUAUAAACCCAGUUUUUAGUAAUUGCUUUAAAGUAUAAGUAGAUUGGAAAGUAGAUUGGUGUUUCUUAAUGUGAGGCACUACACAGAGACUUCCUUCAAAGUUUGUUUUAGAUCUUGUGGUUCUACUACCAUUCAUGAUAGAAGCUGGUAGCUUAUUUCACUUAUUUCAUAUCCAAAGUCUUUGGUUCUUGAGUAGGUUAUAAUGAGUAGUGAAACAGUAAAAGGAGGCAAAGUUUCUAAGAUUACAUUGGCCUAUAGGAUUGGGUUGUUUACUCAGUAGGAAACUUAGCAGGUUUUAAAUCCAAGGGAGUGGAGGUAUUGUGUUUUGCUGGUACAGGUCUCUGUUGAAAGCACUCAGGGGUGCUGGGAGAUGGCUGUACUCUGUGCAAGCUGAAUGAUGGUUCUGGCCCUCUUCUCUAGAUGCUCGAGCUAGCAGGGAGGGAAUCUGUAAGAGGGCCAUACCAGCUCCAAGGCAUGUACUUUCUCUGGAUCACACACACUAAGGGCAUGAGGGGUCUUGGAAUUCCUCUGGCCUGUGCCUUUUUUGUGAUUAUGGGGGGAUAACAGUAACUGAUUUCCAUUAGCAUAGAGACAAGGCAUUAACUUGCAUCUGGAGUAAUACUAGAAUGUGGCAAACGUUUCAUUUAUUAAAAAAUAAUUCACCACAUUUAAGUUCUGUCUCCAGUUUCUCUUAGGAAGUUAGGUAGUUUAUACUCUGGCCAAAAUAAGGAUUCACUGUUGGUAGUCUUGAUGUUGUAGUGAGGUAGUUUAACUGCUUCAGAACUUUGCGCUUGGAACAUUCUUCGCCAGCGAAGCAUGGGAACUGAAAGUGAGGAGCAUGGGUUCUUUAAUAUCUAUCACAUCAGAGAAUGACUGUUCAGCACAGUAACCGCCUCCUAAUGGUUUCUGUAGCUGGAUCAGGCACCGGAAGAGGCUCCCCAGCUGUAACUCUAGUGCAGUUACCUUCGGGCCAAACUGUGCAUGUCCAGGGAGUAAUUCAGACACCACAGCCAUCGGUUAUUCAGUCACCACAAAUACAAACUGUUCAGGUAGCAACGAUUGCAGAGACAGAUGAGUCUGCAGAUUCAGAAGGUGUAAUUGAUUCUCAUAAACGUAGAGAAAUCCUUUCACGAAGACCCUCUUAUAGAAAAAUACUGAAUGAACUUUCCUCUGAUGUGCCUGGUGUUCCCAAGAUUGAAGAAGAAAAAUCAGAGGAAGAAGGAACGCCACCUAACAUCGCUACCAUGGCAGUACCGACUAGCAUAUAUCAGACUAGCACGGGGCAAUACAUUGCUAUAGCCCAAGGUGGAACAAUCCAGAUUUCUAACCCAGGAUCUGAUGGUGUUCAGGGACUACAGGCAUUAACAAUGACAAAUUCAGGAGCUCCUCCUCCAGGUGCUACAAUUGUACAGUAUGCAGCACAGUCAGCUGAUGGCACACAGCAGUUCUUUGUCCCAGGCAGCCAGGUUGUUGUGCAAGAUGAGGAAACUGAACUUGCCCCAAGUCACAUGGCUGCAGCCACUGGUGACAUGCCAACUUACCAGAUCCGAGCUCCUACUACUGCUUUGCCACAGGGAGUAGUGAUGGCUGCCUCACCAGGAAGUUUGCACAGUCCCCAGCAAUUAGCAGAAGAAGCAACACGCAAACGAGAGCUGAGGCUAAUGAAAAACAGGGAAGCUGCUAAAGAAUGUCGACGUCGAAAGAAAGAAUAUGUAAAAUGUCUGGAGAGUCGAGUUGCAGUGCUGGAGGUUCAGAACAAGAAGCUCAUAGAGGAACUUGAAACUUUGAAAGACAUUUGCUCUCCCAAAACAGAUUAGUAGAAAUAUUUAACUAUGAACUGAUUACAACAUGUACAGUUGCUUUUGAAGGCAAUACAAUAUAUAGCCAGCAAGAAUUACGGCUUUUUUCCUUUGUAUCAUUCAUCAUAUUCUCUAACCUCUGACAUUCCUAAAAUGCCUCACUGUACGUAGUUAACUAUUAGCUAUAACUUCAAUUUUUUAAAAAGAGACAGCUGUAAAAAAUGUAUGUAACAAAUUCUUAAAAUGCAGUAUUUGUAAGACUUGUUCCAAUGCCACAUAUUUGCAGUUCCUAACCUCUGUGUCAUGAAUAGUGUCCUAUGCAAUAAAAUUUUUUUGCAGGUCUUUAAAAAUCAUUUUAGGAAAGGAUGAUCAAGAUAAUGCAUCCAGCAGUACAGUAAAAGCAAACCACAAACAAACAAAAAAAUACCUCAGGAAAGAAUUGAAAGAAAAAGUUGAAAGAAUCUAAUGAUAUGCCUAUAUGAAAAUAAUAGCCUAUAAAUGAAUUUAUGGCAUUUGCAGAUUUUUAUAUUACUUGCUUUGUAAAGAAAAUAUUGUAUUGCUGUCCUUGAAUGCCAUAGUUGAAGAGAGUUUUUAAUAGAACCAUGUUGGUUA